CUUAUCUUUACCUCCCGCAUCAAGUUGAACUGUUCACGCGUACCUUCACGCUUCACGCUUUACGACUCUCGACGAUUUGUAUACGUGAACUGACGGCUCAAGUUGGAGGGAUGCUACCUCCUCUGAGCAUACGUGGCAAAAUUGCAGCGGGAGAAGUGGCCUUUUGGGUUCCACUUACGAUUAUGACUCUCGUGCUAACGGUUCGAUACGGUUUUCGAAAAGAUGCAGGAUGGUUAUUUUUGUUUUUGUUUUCUCUCACUAGGAUCGCAGCCGGCGCUCUGAUGAUAGCAAUUGAUCUGGUCUCAAGUCCUGCGAUGAAACCAGACAUGUUUAUCGCCGAAAUUACAUUAUUUUCUGCCGGAUUGGCCUUACUGUUUCUUUCAGCGAUUGGUUUUUUGAGUUUGGCAGGUCAGCACCAGUACAGCGAAUAUCGUUCAAUGUCACGAUCCUUCCGCGGCUACGCUAUCGUCCCUAUCAUUGCUCUGGGCCUGAGCAUUGCAGGUGAUCUUCUGGGAACACAUGUUAACCCCGAAGCCCAUAUAGGCCUCAUUCUACGACGCGUCGCUGCAGGAGUGUAUGGUGGAGCAUAUCUUCUACUAGUCAUCCUGGCUGGGAAAUGUUGGACUUAUCAGUACUACAUAAAGAGACAUCGAAGACGUCUAUUGGCCGGCGUGACCUUUGGGCUGUUGUUUCUCGGUACACGCGUCGCCUAUGGAAUACUCGACGCUUGGUCGGCCUCAGACCAAUUCGGCGCCUCCCUUUCCCCAAACCCAGCUCUCGCUCAGUUCAAUUCUAUCAAUGGAAAUUAUAUCACAUACCUCGUUAUGGGACUAGUCAUGGAAUUUGCGACAGCUACGACUCUUUUACUCUCCAGCACAGUUAUCAUGAGACGACAUUACUGAAAACGAUCUGAUUCUACUCAUAUUUGAUAUUUGAUAUUUUAUAGAAUGUAACAUGUACAAGAAGUCACGGCGGAAAGUGAUGGGUCUAUAGCAUAUAUCAUCCUUGAGUGGGAAGACUAACGUUCCAUACGCGUGCUUGCUAUCGAAACCAACCCUUCCCGAGGUCUUGAGUCAAUCCUUGUAAGAUUCCCAUCCAGGUCUGUAUGGAAAGGAGAUAUAUUGGGUGUCUCGUGCAUUAGGGAAAGGGAUUGUCUGAACCGCAUAGUCAAGCAUCUCCCAUUCUAACCCGAAAGCUAGUUGCAAAACUGGAAGACGCUCCGGCUUAAUUGAGUCCCGAAGUAAUCCAUCUUCCCCGCCCAUCCUACCCUUAUUCAUGAAAUGAAAAAGAGUUGCCGAGCAUGCGAAUGCCAGCUGUGGUGAGGGUAGAAU